AUGAACCUUUACGUCAACUGCCCAGAGACGAUCAGCCGGCGCGCCUUUGCCGAGACGGAGCCCAUGGGUUCUUUCCGCAGCGUGUGGAGCGAUAAGUUCUCCUCUCUCCUCUUGGUCCACGAUGUGCCGCUGCUGAUAUCGAGAUUGCCAGAGGCAAUCACUGGCAAGGGCGCUGGGGAACAUUGGAACAGGUGGCUGGUGAGCAUGGAACCAGAGUGGCGCGACAGCAAUGGCGGCACCAUGCAGGUCUCGUACGCAGGGAGCAAGAAUUCGUAUAAUGUCAUCAGGGAAGGGAUGAAGGCGAAGGACAAGCAUGUCAGCAAGUUCGCGAAGAAGUUGUUGGCAUUCGGAAAGGUUCCCGCGCAGACGCAGAGCCCACGGGCUGGCAAGCUGUACACAGAAGGCUUGGGCGGCGAUAUGUGUGCCAAUUCCCGGGACACCAACGGGACUUGCACUCUCAAGAAUCUGGUCAGUCUAUAUGCUUGGUGUAACAUGUUCCACCAGACAGGGCCGUACAAGAGCGAGGAGUUCAUCGGAAGGUUUCACGGUCACCAGCAUCCUUGGCACGGGUACCUGAUCCUGAACGGCUCAGGAACGCACACGUCUUUUUUCAGUCCCUUUGCCAAGAAGUUCUUCACCCUGAAGCAUGAGAACAAUCACGUCGUCAUGCUACCCGGAGGCUUCAAGCACGCGGCCAUGCACGCGACCGACCUUGCGGACCCCAGGAUCACCGUCGCGUUCGACAUCCGCAUGGGCGACGAGGAGAUGGAG